CUGGCGAGGUGUUGUUACAGCCCUAUGCUCCUCAAGGAGUAACAAUUUAAGGACUAUACUAAACUUAAAAUGGAUUAUACCAAACGAAUUGGCGUUUCAACACCCAGGAAUAACUUUUAGCAGACGACAAAACAAGUGUCAGGGUAGAUCACUCCACUACACACAACCUUUGAUCACGUCCACGCUUUGAUCGUACCUCUAAGACCAUGUCUGUUGCUGCAAAGUUUCGGGAAGUUGGAAAGAAAAUUGUUUGUGUCGGAAGAAAUUAUGGUGCACAUGCAGUAGAGCUGGGGAACCCAGUCCCAGAAAAGCCUAUUUUGUUCUUGAAGCCAACGACUGCGUAUUUGUCAGAGGGGCAAAAAAUAAAGAUGCCUAAAGGCUGUACAACUAUGCAUCAUGAGGUAGAACUAGGAGUGGUCAUUGAACGUGCAGGAAACGGCAUAAGUGAAUCAUCAGCCUUUGACUAUAUAGGGGGCUAUGUUCUUGCUCUUGACAUGACUGCCCGUGACUUCCAAGAUGAAGCAAAGAAGAAGGGGCAACCAUGGUCAUUAGCAAAAGGCUUCGACACCUCAUGUCCAAUCAGCAGCUUUAUACCAAAGGCCAGAAUCCCAGACCCACACAAUAUCCAGUUGUGGUUAAAGGUAAAUGGUGCUGUAAGACAAGAUGGUAACACAAAAGACAUGAUCUUCACCAUCCCAUCAUUGAUUGCAUACAUAAGCCAGUACUUUACUCUUGAACCUGGUGAUGUCAUCCUUACGGGUACACCUAGUGGGGUAGGACCUGUUGUUUCAGGAGAUACAAUCCAUGCAGGACUUGCAGAUAUAAUAUCUUUCCAGUUUGUUGUCCAGUAACAGUGUUGUAAUUAUCCUUUUUAAAAUAACACAAAAAGUGCAAAAUUAGAUGAAGUUAAAUAAUUAAAUAUCAUGAGGUAUGUGGGUAGGGAGCACUUGAAUGUUUUCUUUGUGUACCAAUGCCAGAAGAAUGUCAAACGAAUGAAAAUCUGAAAAGUUUUGGAGGUGGGUAGAAUGGAGAUCAGCACUAAACUGUUUUGUAUGCCUGGAGCUUAACAGCCUUGGCAUUAAUUUGGCUCAGAAUUUUAUGUAAAAUCAGUUAACUACAAUACUCUACCAAAAAAUGUAUCUGGAGUUUAACUUGUACUAUACGGUGCGCUCAGUUUAGAAGAUAUAAUAUUGAUUGCUGCCCACCAUACAAUAACACUCAGUUUAUUUUAAAACUUUGUUUAAAGUUAUUUUACUAUUGUAGGGGUACUUAAAAUGAGUAAACAUAGAUGCAAUUGUAUUCAAGUAACAUUUUUUUAUGUGUGUAAAACAAAGAGAAAGACACAAAAGAGCGCAUGGUUUUCUUGCUUUCACUACACACAGUCGAGAGAGACUUUGAAUUCAAUUUCAUAUCUCAUAAAAAGUGUUAGAUUCUGAGUCAUAAAGUUUUUGUUCAAGAAGUGACUCUUUUAUAGUCUCUGGUGAAGAAAAGUGAUUCGCAUAAGUGAUUCAUAGAGAAUAAGAGAUUCAUACUUUCUGUGUCAUUUUAAAAAAAAAUUGUUAUUUUAGAUCUGUGGUUCUCAUCCUGUGGGGUGCGCCAUAUAGCUGGUCAUUUCUUGACGUUUCUCAUAUCUGUAUUACAGUAGUGAAAUUAUCUUCCAUUGUAAAAUUAAACUAUAGUAAGGAGGAGGGGAACAUGGAUAUACCUUUUUUUUCGCCUGGAAGGUGUCAAAGUAAACAGAUGAAAAACGCAUUUUAGAUAAUAUCUUUACAUAGCGACAUACUAUAUUAUUUGAAAUUCGUGGUUAUAAAUUGUUGAUACCGAUGUUCUUACAUUUUCAGGGAUAGUGGUAAAUCUGAAGAAUUUAGUGAUUGAUCGCUUUAUAUUUUCAAUUUUGCAAAUGUGAACAGCUAUAUUUCACAUAGUUGUAUAGAAAAAUAAUAAAAAUUGAAAGAUCAUGUAUAGAAUUAGCUGGAGCUAGGAAACUUUUUCUCUUCAUGAUGUUAUAUUGAUAAUUUUAUGCCACAUUAUGGACAUCUCAGUCAUACAUAUUUCAUCUUUUUGCAUUCACCGUUUUUAAAAACUUGUUAUACUUUUAAAGUUCAAUCAUUUUCUUUACUUGGACAUCAGCUAGAGUGACUGCUAGACCAUUUUUGUUGUUUUGCACUUGCAAAGAAAGUUUUUGUGUAUUAAUCCAAAAUAAAGCAGUGGAGGAGGCCAGCAAAACAGUAUACAAAUUUAAACAGUGAUAUCUGAGGCAGUUGCAAUAAAAUUUCGGUAUUCUAAGGAGAAUCAA